CCAAAAAUUUAUAUUUUUUUACUUAGAGUUGUGUGCAAAAUAUUAGUGGCUCAGGUUUGGUGUGUGUGUGCUGUUUAAUAUGGACCACUUCAAUCAAAUGAAAAGGAAACUCAGGAAGUCGGUGUCAAGUCCAUUGAUUGGAAGUGGAAGAUGUAUCGCUGUGUUCACAAGUGGCGGUGACUCACAAGGAAUGAAUGCUGCUGUUCGUGCUAUAGUUCGAAUGGGAAUCACUUGUGGGGCGAAGGUUUAUCUUAUUCAUGAGGGGUACCAAGGCAUGGUUGAUGGUGGGGAGAAUAUUGUUGAGGCAGCAUGGGACGAUGUAUCAGGAAUCCUACAAAUGGGUGGAACUGUCAUUGGAAGCGCUCGUUGUAAAGAUUUCCGUGAGAGGGAAGGAAGAUUAAAAGCAGCAUUCAACCUUGUUACGUUAGGAAUCACAAAUAUUUGUGCUAUUGGUGGAGACGGAAGUCUUACAGGAGCUAAUUUGUUUCGUGAAGAAUGGUCCAGUUUGUUGCAGGAGUUAGUUGAAACUGGGAAGAUUAACCAAGAACAAGCCACCAUUCACAGCCAUUUAAAUAUAGUUGGAUUGGUUGGAUCUAUUGACAAUGACUUUUGUGGGACAGACAUGACAAUAGGUGCUGAUAGUGCUUUGCAUCGGAUAGUUGAAUGUGUCGAUGCCAUCACCACAACAGCUGUUAGUCAUCAGCGAGCAUUUGUCCUUGAGGUGAUGGGCCGACACUGUGGUUACCUUGCUUUGGUAACAGGCUUAGCUUGUGGAGCUGACUGGAUAUUCAUACCAGAACACCCACCUGCUGAUGGAUGGGAAGAAAAGAUGUGCGGCAAGUUAAACAAUGCGAGGUCUUGGGGGAACAGACUGAAUGUGGUGAUUGUAUCCGAAGGUGCCAUCGACUGUCACGGAAACGCUAUCACCUCUCAGCAAGUUAAGGAAGUGAUUUGUAAACGCCUUGACCUUGAUACGAGGAUAACUGUGUUGGGUCAUGUACAACGUGGUGGCUCCCCCAGUGCGUUUGAUCGUUUGCUUGGAACAAGAAUGGGAGCGGAAGCGGUUCUUGCUCUUCUUGAAGCAACUCCUGAAACACCAGCAUACGUUGUUUCUUUGGAUGGAAAUCAAGCUGUGCGCGUUCCCUUAAUGGAGUGUGUGGAAAAGACCAAGGAAGUGACAAAAGCUUUGGCUGAGAAAGAUUUUGAUCGAGCAGCAAGUCUUAGAGGAAGGACAUUUCAAGGAAAUUUAGAGAUUUAUAAAAAGCUUGGUGCAAUGUCCAAAGCAAAGGAAGAAGCUACAAAGAUAUUGGAGUUAACUAGUGAAGGAUAUGAACAAAGUUGUUCUAUAAAACCAUAUAAUGUUGCCAUCAUGAAUGUUGGGGCACCAGCUGCUGGCAUGAAUGCUGCAGUUCGAUCAGCUGUGAGAACUUGUCUCUAUAAUGGAUACAAAGCAUUAGUGGUUCAUAAUGGAUAUGAAGGUCUUGCAAAUGACAUGGUGGAAACAUACACUUGGAAAUGUGUCGCAAACUUUGUGGCUGCUGGUGGCUCAAAACUUGGAACAAAAAGGACCCUUCCCUCUCAAUGCGGUUUUGAUAAAAUAUCUGAAAUAAUCAACAAGAGGAAUAUUCAUGGCAUUAUCUGCAUUGGUGGUUUUGAGGCAGUCCAGGGUGCCAUGGAAUUUGAGGAGGGUCGUAAAAACUACCCAGAGUUACAAAUUCCCCUUGUGUGUAUCCCAUGCACAGUGUCAAACAAUAUACCGGGCUCCGACCUUUCUAUUGGGACAGAUACGGCCUUAAAUAUGAUAGUAGAGGCAUACCAUGGAUCAUUAGAAAUAAAAGAAGCAUCGCAAGCAUACCCCGCACUACAAAUACCCUUGAUAGUGGUGCCUGCCACUUUGUCAAAUAACGUUCCAGGGACAGAUAUUUCCAUUGGAAGUGACACGGGCCUUAACAGUGUCUGUGAGACAUGCGACAGAAUAAAGAUGUCGGCCAGUGGAACGAAACGUCGAACCUUUGUCCUUGAAACAAUGGGAGGGUAUUGUGGUUACCUAGCAACCAUGUCCGGGCUCGCUGCAGGUGCGGAUGCAGCUUACAUCUUCGAGGAGGAAUUUACCAUCAAGGAUCUUCAAAAAAACAUCUAUCAUCUCCGUAACAAGAUGAAAGGAAAGAUCCAGCGAGGUUUAAUCCUCAGAAACGAAAAAGCAAACGAUAAUUUCUCCACUGAUUUUGUGCAUAGACUUUAUGCUGAAGAAGGAAAGAAUGUGUUUGAUUGUAGGGUUAACGUUCUUGGGCAUAUGCAACAGGGUGGGGUCCCUUCACCAUUUGAUAGAAACUAUGCCACAAAAUCUGCGGCAAAAGCUGCUUUCUGGAUUCUUGAUAAGAUUGAAAACAACCUUGUGGAUGGAAAGGUAGUCUGUAAUUCACAAGAUUCUGUCGUUCUGCUUGGAAUGAGACGACGACAAAUGCUUUUCCAGCCAGUUGAAGAUUUGAAAGCAGACACAGACUUCAAGCACAGAAUUCCCAAUCAGCAAUGGUGGAUGCAAAUUCGACCUUUGCUUCGUAUCAUGGCACACUACCAAGAUGAAACUGCCGUUUAUGAAUCUGAUGUUUAAUUUGCACGGAUUUUAUCUUCCCCUAUAUUGUUCUUCCUUAAUUAAACAAAACGUCUCAUCCUUCAGACUGCUUACAACAUUAUACACUGUAAUUUAAAUGCGUUUCACGGUUUGUUUGAUCUUAAGUUUUAAAUGAAAAACAUGAUAUUGUAAACUA